UCUGCAAGUCUUCCUCUUUCUCUCUCCUCCGCCUGACCUCCUUUCUCCUCUGUUUUCUUUUUUCUUUUUAUUAUUAUUUUCUUCUUCCUUCGACUCCGGUGGGGGCGAGCACCGUGGCCACCACCUCCUCACCGCCAUCUCAGUCCACCACCCCAUCGCCGUCUCAGUCUUCUGUCGUCGAGCUCGAGCUUGGCCGGCGAACUUGAGCCUCAGAUUUUGGAUCUGAGGUCGAGCGAGCCAUAGAUUUGUGAUCUAGAGCUCAGUCGACCUCAAAUCUAGGUUGGUUUAAGGUCGGCUUAGGCAACAGGGAGGUGAAGGCAUUUUCUUCUUCCUUUCACUCCGAUGGGAGCGAGCACAGUGACCACCACCACCUCAUCGCCGUCUCAGUCCUCUGGCGUCGAGCUCGAGCUUAGCCGGCGAACUUGAGCCUCAGAUUUUGGACCUGAGGUCGAGCGAGCCAUAGAUUUGUGAUCUAGAGCUCAGGUCGACCUCAAAUCUGGGUUGGUUCAAGGUCGGCUUAGGCAACAGGGAGGUGAAGGCAUUUUCUUCUUCCUUUCACUCCGAUGGGAGCGAGCACAGUGACCACCACCACCUCAUCGCCGUCUCAGUCCUCUGGCGUCGAGCUCGAGCUUGGCCGGCGAACUUGGGCCUCAGAUUUUGGAUCUGAGGUCGAGCGAGCCAUAGAUUUGUGAUCUAGAGCUCAGGUCGACCUUAAAUCUGGGUUGGUUCAAGGUCGGCUUAGGCAACAGGGAGGUGAAGGCAACGGCGUGGUUCAUCAACGCGCGUAGGACCUCGACCUCCUGGCCGACACGGGUGCGAACGCAGAGGACGCGGGAGGAGUUGAGCACGAGGCGGUGGCGCUGGAGGUCGGAGAAGAAGCGGGCGAAGAUGGAGGCAUAGACGGGGGCAACGUGCCGGAAGCAACGGUUAAGGUCGGAGAAGGGAAAAUGGGUUAUGGCGGAGGAGAGAGAGAGAAAGAAGAAGAUGUGCAGAGGAGAAGAGAGGGUGAGGGAGGGAGAAGGAGAGACAGAGACUGACUUGUGGGGCCUCUUAUGACACGUGUCCAAAUCAAUUUCAUUGAACGUCUCUGCCUCCUCAUCUUCUCCGUGUGUCUGGCCGGGGCCGGCGCCGGCCAAGCCCCCGCCGGCCCCUUCACCCCGCGGGCAUCCCUCCUCCGGUACUGGGACCAGCACAUCGCCAACUCCCUCCCCAAGCCCGCGUUCCUCCUCUCCAAGGCCUCCCCGCUCGGCGCCGUCGACGCCGCCGCCUUCGCCAAACUCGCCGCCCGGGGCGCCCUCCCCGACCACCUCCCGGCCUUCUGCGCCGCCGCGGGCCUCCUCUGCUUCCCGGACCUCGCCCCCAGCCUGGAGAAGCACCCGGCCGACUCCGACUUCGCGUCCUACAGCAACAAGAACUUCACCAACUACGGCACCGACCGGCUCGGCGGGCUCGACUCGUUCAAGAACUACUCCGACGGGCUGAACGUCAUCGUCGACACGUUCCGGCGGUACAGCCGCGACUCGUCCGGCCACGAUGACCGGUUCGCGAACUACGGCUCCGACGGCAAUUUGGUCGACCAGAGCUUCCAGAGCUACGCCGGCGGCGCCGCCGGAGGGACGGGCGAGUUCAAGAACUACAACCCGGGCGUGAACGUGCCCAACCUCAACUUCAACAAUUACGGCUCCGGCGCCACCGGCCGGCCCCAGAACUUCGCCGCCUACACCGACGAGACCAACGCCGGCGCCGAGAGCUUCAGCAACUACGGCAAGAGCGGGGACGGGUCUCCGAACAAGUUCACCGAGUACGCCUCCGACUCCAACGUCAUCAACUCGGGGUUUAACGGCUACAGCCAGGCCGGCAACGGCGCGAACGACACCUUCACGAACUACGGCAAGGAAGGGAACGUCCCGGAGAACAACUUCAGGAACUACGGCGACGGCGGGAACGGGAUCAGCGACGGCUUCGCGAAUUACAGGGACCAGUCGAAUGUGGGCGACGAUUCGUUCCAGUCGUACGCGAAGAACUCGAACUCGGCGAAGGUCAACUUCGCCAAUUACGGUAAGUCCUUCAACGUAGGCACUGACAAAUUCACAGGGUAUGGCCAGGGCGCGAAGGGGCAGAAGAUCGGGUUCAAGGGCUACGGCGUCAACAACACCUUCAAGGAAUACGGCAAGAGCGGCGUCACCUUCGCGCUGUACGCGAACGCCACCGGCGUGGCGGCGUCGGCGAUGGCGGUCAGUGGCAGAGCCGUGAAUAGGUGGGUGGAGCCGGGUAAGUUCUUUAGAGAAUCGAUGCUGAAGAAAGGGACGGUGAUGCCGAUGCCAGACAUUGGGGAUAAAAUGCCCAAAAGGUCGUUUUUGCCCCGCACGAUCCUGUCCAAAUUACCCUUCUCGACCUCGAAGCUACCGGAGCUGAAGCGGAUCUUCCACGCCGGCGAUAACUCGUCGAUGGAGUCGAUGAUGGCGAACGCAUUGGCCGAGUGCGAGCGGGCGCCCAGCGCCGGGGAGACCAAGCGGUGCGUCGGGUCCAUGGAGGACAUGAUCGACUUUGCCACGUCGAUCCUGGGCCGCGACGUCGAGGCCCGGUCCACGGAGAGCACAGCCGGGUCGAAGCAGGAGGUCAUGGUUGGAACGGUCAAGGGGAUCAACGGUGGGAUGGUGACCAAGUCGGUGUCGUGCCACCAGAGCCUCUUCCCUUACCUCCUCUACUAUUGCCAUUCGGUCCCGAAGGUUCGGGUCUACGAGGCGGACCUGCUCGAUCCCAAGACCAAGGUCAAGAUCAAUCACGGCGUGGCCGUUUGCCACAUCGACACGUCGGCGUGGAGCGCCACCCAUGGGGCGUUCCUGGCCCUCGGGUCACGGCCGGGCCAGAUCGAGGUCUGCCAUUGGAUAUUCGAGAGCGAUAUGACCUGGACAAUCGCAGAUUGAAGAUUUCCAAAUCACCGGGGGGCGAUUGUGGGGUUUGGCUUUCAUAAUUAGGGUCCGGGACAUUGGCCAACGAAGACAAAUAAGGGCCAUUGGCUGGCUCGAACCCUUUUUUUGGUUACCCUCAAGUUUUUUUUUUUUUUUUAAUGAUGAAAUUAUUACCUAAAUUGCUACUGUUACAGGCAUUAAUUCUACAAUUAAAAUUGUGGGUUCUCUUUCUUUUCAUCCAUUUUGAUGAAUUCUUUUUCUUUCCUCUCUUCUGGUGGAUUCCUCAAUCAUUGGAGGAGAAGGGGUUGAAUGAUAUAUGAGCAGACAAGAUUUUGAACUUUUCCGAGCCUCUGAAUGCUCUCUCAGCCUCUUGCUCUGGAUCAUUCCCUUACCAUUCCGUGAAAUGUCCCCCUCUUGCUUUUGGCUGAGAAUGCGUGCCAUGAAGGAUGGUUCUGCUAGAAAACAAGAGGAAGGCAGGCAGGAGAGGAGAGGAUCAGAGAUGCAAAUUGUUUUGAAGCAGCAGCAGCAGCACGGAGAGAGAGAGAGAGAGAGAGAUGAGACGAGAGUGGCCAAUCAAGGAAGAUGUACAAAGAACUUGUGGCUGAAAGAUGGGGCUGGUCCAGGAUAGAGCAAGCCAAGGCUCUUUUUGCGCUGGCGCUGUAAUAUUGUAAUGCUAUGAAAAGAGUCACGAGACUUUUGUUGUUUGGAGCA